CGGAAGAAAAUGGCGGCCGUGGCUGCAGAGCCAGGAGCUGCGGCGGUUCCGACAACAACAGCGACCGACGAGGGCCCGCCAGAGCAGGGCCCGGCGGGACCGGGUCUCCCGGGAGCCCGAUCGGAGUGCGAGGGACCGCAGGAGACCGGGCCGGCAUCGGACCUAGCCGCGAUGCGGGCGGAGGACGGAGGGGACGCGGAGGGCCGCCAUGUCAGGCCGGAGCUGGAGCCCGCGGCGGGAAACGCGCAUCCGGAGAGCGACGAAGCUAGCGGCUCCGGGCCGCCGGAGCGGGUCAACGCGGACCGCUUCUCCCCCGGACUGCCCGCGGACCCGGAGGGCGGCGGAGACGUGUCUGCGCAGGAGGCGUACCGCGGCCCGGACCCGCAGCCCUCAGCUGUCUUCUUGCACUCAUUCCCGGCCGCGCCGCCCGUCACCGAGGCCGGCCUGUCUCUGGCCGAACCUGCCGAACCCACCACCAACGAGACCACGGACCGAGCCGAGACCGCGGGCCGGGAACGGGGUUACACGAGCCUUGAGCAGGCGGAGCGGAGGCCCACGACGGACACUGUGCUGGACGGGACGGCGGACGGUCCGGACCCGGACCCAGCGGGGCCCGAGGAGCCGGCUGCCCGAGGCCCGAGGGAUUCCUCCCCGCCCUGCCGCUCACCGAAACGCCGGCUGCUGACCGAGCCUGCCGCCGAGGAUCGAGCCGUAGCUGCCUCUGUGCUGGACCUCAGUCCCGGGUCCGAGGUUCGGGUCUGCCUGGACCACGUCAUCGAUGACGCGCUGGUGGUGUCUUUCCGGCUGGGAGAGAAGGUGUUCUCCGGGGUCCUGAUGGACGUUUCAAAAAGGUUCGGUCCGUACGGGAUUCCCAUCACCGUGUUCCCACGCCGGGACGACCGGAGUCGACCUCCCACGUCUCUCCAGCAGCCGCUGCCGGUUAGCAACGACUUCCCGCCCACCAAAAAGGAAGAGAACGCUGCUCCGCCCCCUCCUCAGGACUGCACCUCUAAACCGCCACCGCUGUUUCAGGAGGGGGCGCCGUACCCGCCUCCUUUGUUCAUCAGGGACACCUACAACCAGGCCUUACCUCAGCCGCCGCCGCGCAAGAUUAAGCGGCCGAAGAGGCGCUACCGCUGCGAAGAGCCCACUUCCAUCAUGAACGCCAUUAAGCUCCGCCCCCGACAGGUACUCUGCGACAAAUGCAAAGGGGUGGUGGCAUCAGGCGGGCACCGGGAAACGCGGCGGGGGCCGGUGGACCUGAGGAGCGACGAGACUUCGCGGCGGCGGAAGGCGGCAGAAGGACCGAUCUCUGCUGAGGUCAAGCGUCUGAGGAGCGACGACAAAGGACGGCCCCCGGCUGCCGACCGGCGCUCGUCAUCAGGGAUACGUGUGUCAUCUUCGUCACCAUCCUCUUCCCGCCGCGUUUUGAGGGGAGUGGCCUCAUCCUCAUCCUCGGCGACCUCGAGCCGCAUGCGCCUGAAGCUGAACUCUAAGAAGGUUCUGACCAAAGGGUCAGCUGACCGCUCCAAGGCGCGGCAGGUGCUCAAGACGCUGGUAAGGAGCUCGCAAACGCCACCGCCGCGCCGGCCCAAAGACCAGGACCAGGACCGCCCCAAGGCUGUGACCCGAGCCGCCACCCUGCAGAACCACAACCAGAAGGUCCACUUCACCCGCCGCCUGCAGCACCUCAGCGCCGCCACCAGCACGCCGCUUCCGCCCAGAAUGCGCCUCAAACCCCAAAGGUAUCGUACCGACGACAGCCAGGCACAGAGCUCCUCCUCCUCCUCCUCGUCCCCGCCCAAACUCAGCGCUCGCUCAUCACCUCCCAAACCAGAACUAAGCCCCGCCUCAACACCCAACCCAUCCACAGCCCCGCCCCCACUUCAAGUAACUGCUCCUCCCCCAACGCCAUCCUGUAUGGGAAGCGUUGCCGCGGAGAUGCAGGCAGCGUCUGAGGGGAGAGUAGGAGGUCCUCCCUCCUCCUCCUCUCUAGACUCCACCCCCUCAGAGUGUAGCUCCACAGACAAUUUUGAACUCCCCCCACCCGGAGACCCUCCCUCUUCCUCUUCUCCCUCCCAUAACUCCCCCUCCUCAGCUCCACAGUGCCCACCCUCCUCUCCGCCCGCUGGCCCUCCCCUCAGAGCUGAUGGCGAGGAAGUGCAGUGUGGCGUUGGGGAGGAGGGCAACGACCUGAAGAGGCGCCGUAAGUCUUCCACGUCGUCUUCCUCCUCCUCCUCGUCAUCGUCAUCCUCCGUCUUCUCCAAGGCCGUUUCAAAAUGUCCGCUCCCGGACGGCCGCACCGUGUGCGUCGGCGAUAUCGUGUGGGCGAAGAUCUACGGCUUCCCGUGGUGGCCGGCGCGCGUGCUCGGCAUUACGGUGUCGCGGCGCGGCGAUACGGGGCUGGCGGUGCAGCAGGAGGCGCGUGUGUCGUGGUUCGGCUCGCCCACCACGUCCUUCCUGCCGCUCGCACAGCUGUCGCCCUUCCUGGAGACGUUCCAGUCGCGUUUCGACAGGAAGCGGAAGGGCCCGUACCGCCGCGCCAUCGCCGAGGCCGCCAGCGCUGCCAAGCAGCUCACACCGGAGGUGCGGGCGCUGCUUACGCAGUUUGAGACGUAGCAUCGGCCGCCGCCCACUCGCCCUAUCCUCACUGCCCACCCCUUUCAGACAGGCCCCGCCCUUUCAGAGGAGGUGGGAGGAGCUAAAAAUGACUGAUGGACAAUGAUGAGUGUGUUUCACAUUUAUGAGGGGGGGGGAAAUCUGUCGGGGGCGGGGCUAUCUUCAGUCACUGGCGGCGUUUCAGUUUUCCGCACCGUGGGAAAUGUUUUGUAGAUAAUUUAGCCUGAUGGUUGGCUGACAGAGCGAUGAUGUCACAGUAUUAAUAAACACUAAUUAAGCUCCUCGUAGUGAUUGACUGAUCUGAUUGGCUGGUGGUGGCUGGCGGUGUGAUGUCACUUCCUGUUGAUAAAACAGACUGAAAACUUGUUUUGUUUUUUUUCUAGAAACUUCGUUUCCGUACAGAAUUGAAUAAACUGUGAACAAAGUGAGGUCCAACCCACAGCCCGGGGCCCCAAACGUGGCCGUGCUGAGCCGCUGUCAGGACGGUGCGUUCGAGGCCCCGGGCUGCUUGGGCGGCCCAACGCUCUCUGAUGAUGAUGAUGCUGGUGAUGAAGGUUCUCUGCUGUCAGACUGUUUACCGUCUGUUUGCAGAUCAGAGAGUCCUGCUGGACAAAAUAACGGGAACAGUGUGUACAUGUGUUGCUUCCUGUUUGAAUCUGAAUAAACGCUCAAACUUCUCUGACCUUCGGCCUCAUCAUUUCCACUCUUCUUCUGUGGUGUUUCUCUGGCGGAGACCUUGGACUUUCUCACCUGCAAACAGAUGUUUGGUAAACGGGUCUCCACAGCUGCUCACAGACUCCGCCCACAUUUGCCUUUUGUUUUCUAAUCUGCCUCUGGCUGAUUGGUCCGUUCGCUGGUCAGGUGGUGGUGGUUAAUUCGUUUAGUUCACAGGUCCCGCAGACCCUGAAACUAAAAUCCAGGACUGUGAUCUCCUAAACGCCCUUGUUCCCGUGAGUGUGCCGCUCAGGUCCGUUAGCAUUAGAGCAGGUGCCUCUAGAUCAGGGGUGCCCAAUCCCAGUCCUCGAGAGCCACUGUCCUGCAGCUUUUAGAUGCAUCCCUACUCCAACACAGCUGAAUCAAAUGGUUUGAUUGCCUCUUCAGCAUGCCAUCAAGUUUGGCAAAUCCCUGAUAACAAGCCAUUCAUUUGAUUCAGGUGUGUCGGAACAAGGAUCCAUCUAAAACUGCAGGACGGUAGCUCUCGAGGACUGGGAUUGGGCACCCCUGCUCUAGAUCAAACCUGAGGCAGGACCAGCCCGGCUGGUGAAGCAGGUAGCAGCAGGUGAACACAGCGUCCUCACGUGUUAUUAACCAUCAGCUGUUAUCAGUCAGACUCAGUGUAGAUAAAGCUGAUCGGGUUCCUGGUUCUGGUCUGGGUCAGUGUUUGAGAGGUCGGCACAGUUACCUGUAGCAUCCAAUCACUGAGCUCCGCCUACACUGAAAAAACAGCAUCUGCUUCUGAAAAACAACGUCAGUGACGAAGUUCUUCAACCCGCGUUUCUUCUGGAGCCCACCUGAUGGUGACAGCCGUGGUUACAAAACUAUUUAUGGUUCAUACGUCAUCACUUAUCCGGUCUUUAUGUGGCGAUGUAUGAACUCCGGGUCCAAACUCCUCUGCGUUUAUUAAGCCUGUUGUGUUUUUAAUGUGCUUUGUAUUUUGUUCUGUUUAAUCUGAACAAGCCCCUAAAAACAGUCAGUGAUCACUGUCGGCCUCUCUCGGUUUUUAUUACCACUGUUCAUUUUAAAGCUCCGUUUAAACCCCUCCGAUGUAACUACAGCCCAGCCCAUGCAGCAGUAUAUAAUGACUAACCUCGUAUUGUGGAUGGAUUAUCUCAGUUGUUCUCCUGACUUAAGUUUGGUCCGUUUACAGCAUCCUGACAUGCGACUGCAUUUGUCCCUAACCAUCGAGUGGAAAGAAGUUAGCGUUCAUCCUCCAGCUUCACUGCAUUUAUGCUAUGCUAACAUAGCUGUCUUGCUAGCAAUCAUGUAGCACAUCAUUAUAUACCAGUUAGCCCAACUUCAGUAACCCUACAAACCCUGUUUAGUUUUCUGUCUUCAUUUAUGUUGGAAGUGAUAGCAGAGCUGUACGUUUGAAUUUUUUAUGCUUACGUGGAAACUAGCGUGCUAACUUCCUGCUAACUUCUAACUCUUUUAAAUUUAAUACAUUCUGUUUUCAUGGAUGUUAAACUUAAUUGUUACACCUGGUAAAGCAGCAACGCUGAUCGUUUUAUUAAAGAUGAAAGAAUUUAGACAGUUUGUAACUCUCAGUGAUGCCGCAGUGUUCGUUUGACUUUGGGACCUGCAGUGGAGAUUGGACCUGGAAACAGCUAAUGACGUUACAUCUGGGGGUAAACAGCUUUCUGACCUCUGUGAACUCUUCCCGGCUCAGUUUAUGGGGGUUAGUGUCACUAUGUUUAAAAAGGAUUAUCUGUGGAAAGCUCAUUGGCUAACGAUGUGGAUGGCGUGUGGCUGGGCGGGUUCCUGUUGGUGUAAGAGACUGGACUUCUUUAAGCGUGUAAAGCUCUGGGGCUGGUGCCAUAGGCAGGUUGUUCAUCCACUAUCAUCUUAAUAUUAGUAUUGAUGCUAAUAAUAGUAACAACUUAUUAAUAGUCCAGUUGCUUUCCUUCAGCCUUUUAAUACGAUGUGAUUGACGAAUCAUUAGCCAAUCAGCGAGCAGUGUCACAUCCGUUCAGUUUUAAAAAUGAAGAUGGUGACACUCAGCACACCUCCGACAGGACUUCAGAGACCGCCAGGUGAUGUCACUGAAGCCACGUCCACCUUUGACCCCGUGAGAGGGCGCUGCUCCCAGAGAGGUCAGGGGUCACAGUGUCAGUCUUCUGUCAGUCAGCACCCACCCCUCACAGACCAGGGUAGAACACAGACCACCAGCUUCACCAUGACAACUAACAGUAUCGCAUCAUCACCACAGACUCUGCCAGCAGGUUGAAAAACCACAGUCACAUUUAAAAACACACCUGUGUGGUCGGGGUCACCUUUGGGACCACAGCAGAUACUCCAAUCAAUAAGCUGAUCAAUCAACCAAUCAACAGACUAAACCACUGAUCGAUAAGCAGAUUGACAGGCCAGGCUCAGGCUAAAUGCUGGACAGGUGGGUCCGGCUACACUAUGGUAAACUAAUCAGCUGAUUCUUUGAUCUUCUCAUUCUUCUUUGUCCUUCAGCUGCCCCCAGACUCCGCCCACAUUUGCCUCUUGUUUUCUAAUCUGCCUCUGGCUGAUUGGUCCAUUCGCUGGUCAGGUGGUGGUUAAUUCCUUUAGUUCACAGGAUAGGAGGCUCAUCCACCUCCUCUGUCACACCGCCCCUCUGCAUGUCCUCCUUCACUGCAUCCAUGAACCUCCUCUGAGCUCCUCCUCUCCUCCUGCCUGCAGCUCCACCUUCAUCCUCCACCCUCCCUCCUCUGCACAUGCUCAGACCAUCAGCUUCUCUCACUCGGAUGGACUUAUUUCUGAUCCUGUCAAAAACUACAACCGCUACUCAAGCUGAACACAACGCUGAAGAGCUGCUGACACUGAGAAUCCUGCGCUGUGAUUGGCUGAGAGGCUGUGGGUGGGCCUGGAUCGUCACAUGGAUACAGAUGAUUAAUAAUCAAUAAUUAUUUAAGUGAAGAGUUUAUAUUUAUAAGAAAUGUAUUGAUCUGGUCUGAACACUGCCCGUUUCCGUGGAUACCUGGUUUAGAUCAGUGACAUCAAAUGCUAUAAUUUGCGUCCUCCAAUCAGCUGUCAUUCCACAAUCAGCCAGUAACUAAUCAGCUCGUAGCUUAAGGAGUGAUGUCACCGAGAUUUACAGACUUUACUGCUGCACGUGAAUGCACUGUCCUCUGGAAGCCUCACCUGGCAAUGAGACUCCACCCCUCCACACACCUGAAGCAGAGAUGUGUUAGCUUAGCUUGCCACAGAGGCUGCAAGCAGAUGGACACUGCUAGCAUAGCAGCUGUAACAGGUGGUGUGCUCAGUUCUGAUUGGUUAAUGAUCAGGUGACGAAACAGAAACAGUGUAAUGCUGUGACAGCGUCUCCACGAUGACCACAGGUACACCUGUGUUUUACCUGGAGGUUUGCUUCUCACAUGUUUUUAUGUCUUUAAAAUGAUGCAAACAGGAAAUUAUUCUUCUUCUUGUAAAGUUGUAAACAAAAUGCAAUAAAAGGUUGCAUGUGUCAAA